AUGGCGGGGCCGCCGGAGGGGUCGGAGGCGGAUGAUGGCGGCUCAGAUGUCUUUGAAAUUGUCCUCCCAAUCACUAUCUUUGUUCUGAGUGAUGAUGAUUUUCUCCAAGAUGACAGUGAAGAGCAGGCAACAUCGCUUCCUGAGCUGCAGGAAAAGGAUGAGCAGGAGGCUAACUUGGAUAAUAGCAGCUUCUUAAAAAGCAAUGUGACACCUGCAAGAGAAAACAAUAGAUUAAGGAGUUGGGAAGAUAAGACUACUUCAAAUAAGCAUGAUCAUGUAAAGUACUUUGAAGAAAAAUGGGAUGCCCAGAGUGUGUAUGACAAUUCAAAAUCAACUUUAUCAUCUUUAGUUGAUCAAUGUGAUCUAAGCAAGGAUAAAAACAAUCAAAAUGAUGCAUCACCUACAUCACCUUGCAAAACAGAGCUUGCAGAGGCAGAUGAAAACAGUGAAAACCAGGGAUGUGAUGAUGACCAUUUUCAGAAGAUUCCUCUUCUCUUCCCUGCUGGCAAAGAGGGCACAGAUAAGGCCAUCAGUGCAGAAGGAGAGCUGACUUUAGCACCAACAUCCAAAACUGAACAACAACUUGCCAACACUGCAAGUAUUCUUUCUUAUGGCAGUCAAGAGAAAAAACCGGAAAUACACACAGAGAUGGAGCCAACUGCUGAAACAGGAGAUACUGAUUCUUCAAAGAAUGGAAGUUAUGAAGUUAACAGAACAAGAAGGAGAAGCAAAUCUGAAGAUGAACCUCAGAAUUUUCUUUUAGAGCAUGAGUUGAGAGAAGAAUUGAAGCUUACUCUUAGUAGCUCUGCUCCAGUUAUUAAUAGACUUUCUCCAAAUUCAGAAGAAUUGCCAAAAGAUGUAGGAAAUAUGGAGAGGAAUGCUUUUCUUUGUGCUGAAUCAAAUUCUCCAACGGAGCAUAUUUAUCAAUCAUUAACUCCAUUUUCCAGAAAAAAGUAUCGGCAACAAAAUGCAAUUUCUUGUGCAAGUCCAAAAGAAUUGCAAAGCCAGCAAGAAGGUCUAUCGUGGUUAAGUAACAAUGUGAGCAUCAAACCUCUUUCUAAGGGAUCUUGUUCUAUAAGAAAGCAUGAAAAGUUAAAUUUGAAAUGCAGGUUCUGUAGUUCUGUAUUUAAAUGUACUGUGCUUCUAAAGAAGCAUGUUUAUGCAGCUCAUAAAGGUAAGAAAAAAUAUAAAUGCUGCUUUUGUAAAAGAACCUUCUUCUUUUCUGCCAACCUUAAAAAUCACCUUAAAUUUCACAAGAAAAUUAUCAGGUUGCAAAAGACAAGAAAAAAUAGACUGAAUGCUAAAAAAAGUCAGAGAAUACGAGAAUUUAUUUGUCAAAAUUGA